AACCUUGGGGGUAUCCCAGGCCCAUGGAGAGGCCUAGACUAAUCCCCAAAGGGGUGGUGCAGCCCACGGAUGGACCCUCACUCCGGGUAUUCAAAUGGGCCGUAAGAUAGGCCCAUAUCCGCGUGGCCACAAGAUAAGAUGUAGUGGGGUGCCUUCGAACCCGGGUUGCUUAGCAAAUCCCAAAGCUCGCCUACCACUAGACCACCAUCUUGUGGUUAUUCAUCCCUCUUCUUCUUCCUCCUCUCAACCAUAUUCUCUUUAACAAAAAAAAAACGUUAUUAAGCCUUUAUUUUUCAGUCAUGGAGGUUCCAAUGAUUAAUAUUAUAAGAGAUUUUGAAGUGGGCAUGAGCUCAAUAAACGACCCAUCGUUUCUCUCUAGAUCUGUUGCUGUUUCCGGAUUAAUACACCAAGCAUACGGUUUCUGGAAAUGGGGAGCUUUAAUUAUCGCAUUUUUAGCUUAUUUCACAAAUUUCAUUACAAGACUCAAGAGUUUAGUUGUUAGGUUACGAAAAAUCGAUGUCUCAAUAUCUCCACCAACUCUUUUCGAUGAUUACGACAGCGACUCCGAUGUUUCUUGCUCUUCCUCGGUCUCUUCGGACAACGACGAAGAUGAUGAUCAAGAAGAUGAUGAUGAGGAUGAAGACGAGAAAGACGUUGACUUUAUCUAUAAUAAAGGAUGGGUCAACGGAGGCUUCCGCGUGAAAGGGUCUGAUUAUUACGGCAAUAAUAACGACCAGGGGCAAAAUGGUAAUUUCAAUUGUUUUAAUGGUAGUUUCGGAGAUUUGUUCUCGUGGCCGGACCUCGGUGGCAUCGGGUCGAGCGGUGUCGUGAAGCUUUGGGAUCAUAUGGAUAUCGACGGCGGAGACCACGACGGAGAUGGUGAUGGUCGACGGAGCAAUGUGGUGGCGGCGCCGUCGUUUUUCUUGACGGCGGAGAAGAGAGGGAGGGACGCCGUGAAAGUUGAGGCGUGUGAUCCACGUGUCGGAUUUAGGAUGCCGGCGUUGCUGGCGGAGUGGAGGCAGCCGGGGAGGUUUCUCGGGAAUAUAGUCGGAGUUGACGUCGGAGGAGUGGAGAAGUUGUACGUCAGGGAUGACGUAAGCGGGAAAGUGGCCGUGGGAGACUUGAGGAAGUUUAACGGUGUGUUGACGGAAUGUGACGGUGAGACUUGGUGGGACGCUGAUGGUUUCGUUGAGGAGAAGCGGUGA